AUGGCCGGAGUAUUCGGCAAUGGUGGCCAAGGAGGCCAAUUUCCACUUGAGCAAUGGUUCUACGAAAUGCCUCCCUGUACACGAUGGUGGACCGCUGCCACCGUGGCAACGUCUGUGCUGGUGCAGUGUGAGGUUGUGUCGUCGAUGCAGCUUUAUUAUAGUUUACCUGCUGUAUAUUACUGGCGUAUAAUCACCACAUUUUUAUACUUCGGUCCCCUCAACCUCGAUCUCUUAUUCCACGUCUUCUUCCUCCAACGCUACUCCCGUCUUCUCGAAGAAUCCUCGGGCCGCUCCCCGGCUCAUUUCUCCUGGCUACUAUUCUACGCCAUGAGUUCUCUCCUCAUGCUCUCCCCUUUUGUGUCCUUACCAUACCUCGGCCAAGCCCUCUCCUCAACUCUAGUCUACAUCUGGAGUCGCCGCAACCCGGACACAAGACUCAGCUUCUUGGGGCUACUGGUAUUCACAGCGCCGUACUUGCCGUGGGUGCUAAUGGCGUUUCAUUUCUUGGUUCAUGGCACUGUGCCCAAGGAUGAUAUCUGUGGUGUGAUUGUAGGGCAUGUGUGGUACUUCUUCUCGGAUGUCUAUCCGUCGUUGCAUGACGGUCAUCGACCUCUAGAUCCGCCGGGUUGGUGGAGAAGGAUAUUUGAGGGGGGGAGUACGAGGCCGACGACAAAUGCUAUUCGCGAUGAGCGCGAGGCGGAUGACACGCAGGCUGCCAAUAUCAAUCAAGAUUUUGCGGCGGCGGCUGCACCUGAGGUGCGAUGA